AGUUAGUGUGAUGGCAAAUGUUCGGUUGGGGGGUAGUUUGCUGGGAUUUGGAGUUUUAGUACUGGAAAACUUUUUGGGCUUUCAAUUCGUGAUUCUUUACAUUACUGAAAGGAACCACUGAGGCUACCUGAAUACCCAAACCAAAGCACGCUAAUUCGCAUUUGAACCUAUAGACCGCAAAUUGACAGAGGAUUGCUUUGACUAUUUUAGAGUGUUAUGAAUAUUAUACUAUGCAUAUUGGUGAUAAUAAAUCAGACUAUUUACCAUCAUUGAUAGUGCAGAAAUCACCCGUUAACUUUUAUAUUGGACUUUGCCUCGCCUUAUUGUCGACCUUAUUCAUUGGAACUAGUUUUAUAUUUAAAAAGCUUGCACUUCGUCGAAGUUCGAGGAAUGGAUCUAGUGCUGGUGAUGGAUCUCUAAGUUAUUUGUGUGAAUGGAUGUGGUGGAUGGGUUUUAUUUUAAUGGGUAUUGGUGAAUUUGCCAAUUUUGUAGCGUAUACAUUCGCUCCAGCUAUACUAGUGACACCGUUAGGUGCAUUAUCUGUACUUGUUAGUGCACUGUUAAGUGUACGCUUUUUAAAUGAACGUUUAAAUUGUAUUGGUGGAUUUGGAUGCGGUAUAUGUAUAUUAGGUUCAACUUUAAUUGUAUUACAUGCACCAAAAGAACAAAAUUUAACAUCACUACAUGAAAUGUGGUUAAGAGCUACCGAUCCAACUUUCAUUAUCUACAGUUUAUUCGUUAUAUUAAUGUCCAUUGUAUUGAUUUUUAUUUUGGGUCCACGUUAUGGUAAAACAAACCCAAUUAUCUUCACAUUGGUCAGUGGAAGUAUUGGCUCAUUGUCAGUUGUUGCUUGUAAAGGUAUUGGUGUAGGAUUAAAAAAUGCAUUCACUGUUGGCUUUUCAUCAAUGUUCUCAUCAUGGUUUUUUUGGUUCCUGAUGAUCUGGCUUAUUGGUGCAAUCACAAUACAAAUGUAUUAUUUAAAUCGAGCAUUAGAUUUAUUCAGUACUGGCAUAAUCACACCGUUACUAUAUGUGUUCUUUACUGGUUUUGUAAUUAUUGCAUCAACAGUGUUAUUUCAUGAAUUGAAUGCAUUGAAUUAUAUGGAUUAUGUUGGUUUAAUAUUCGGUUUGAUAUUCACAGUGUUAGGUAUUGUUAUGAUUACUGUGCUAAAGGAUUCCAAUUUCUCAUGGAAGAACUUACGAACAUUUUUUCAGGCAAAGCAUUCAACCUACUCGUCAUCAAACAGUUCAUUCGACAUGCACAAUAAACUUUAUCGUCGUAUUACUGCAUUCAAACCAACAUUGUAUGACUGGAAAACUCGACAUAGUAGACAUUUAUCAUUCGAUCAAUUGAGUACCGAAAGGUUAAUCUUUGAUCAUCAUUCUGAUUCUGAACUCACUGAUGUUGUGCAGCUAUCGCCACAUAUAACUAGUCGUGAUAUUAAUCAAAAUGGUCAUCUAAUGUCAGGUAAGGCAAGAAUGAAAAAAAUUCAAACAUUUACUGAUCCUCCACAAUCUUAUACUCUAACAAACGGAAUAGUUUCUGUUUCUACUUAAAACUUUGAGACAAACUAAGCAAGAUUCAUUUCAUUUAUAAGUAUGACAAUCAUCGUAAAUGUAUAGUUGUCCUCAUAGAUGGAUGAUACAUAUAUAUAUAUACUCUCCAAAUCACGUUAUAUGUCACAUUCCCAUUCGUGCUUUAAGUUACUUCUAUUUUCAACCGUUUUAUUUAGAUCAUUUGAAUUUCCAUAUGUACUGUGAACCCUUAAAAUAAGAAUGACAAUUACGAGUUAUUGUCUUUCCCAACUAUUCUCAUAAUUUUUAUCAGGAUUUUUACUGUCGUCACUAUAUUCCUUUCUUUCUUUUUGUUUUGAAUAAUUCUAAUUUGAUUUUGUAUGGGACAGUAUUUUCUGAUUGUUAAUAAGUAGUAUAAGUUGGUUUAUUUUUUCGUUGUUGCUUUUCCCCCCCCCUCCAUACUUAUGGAACAUUAACCACCUAUACUUUUAUUACUGAUUAUCUAAUUAGGAUUAGAUAAUCUUAUAUUUGACCAAUAUUAUUAAUUUUAUAAAUUGUAUGAACAUUAUUUAAGCAAAUUAUUCAGACUACUUAUUAAUUUAUUGAAUAAUGAACUUUAUUAUUUAUAUAUCCAUUUACUUAUUCGUUCAUUCAUUCUUAUUUACAAACAUUGAUACGUAAACAAAAUGAGCAUAUUUGAAUAAGAUUUGAAAUAGCAGUUUAGUGUUGUUGUUUGUUUGUUUUUCUAUGAUGAUUUCUUGAUAUGAAUUUUUUGUUUCAAUUUUAGAAUUUAAUAAAUAAAAACAAAAUUAUAAUCAGAGAAGGGUUUUUGUGGAUGUUAUGGUAAUUUAAUAGUUGAGUUCAUGAGUAGACGGUGGAGCAACUUCGUAAAUUAGUUAAAGUUAGGUAUUAACACCGUUGGAUAUCGACCGGCUCGCGCUUGCACGUGAAACCCAUAGGUAUUGGGUUCGAAUUUCACGAAGUAGGACCAUGGAUGCGCACUACUGAGGAGUCUCAUACUAGGACGAAACGAUUGUCCAGUGCUUUCACGUUUUCCGUAGUGGUCUAACUUCAAUUAACUCAUCAAUUCAACUAUUAAAAAAAUAAGAUCCAUAUUAACUUUUUAAUCUUAUUGUUAAUUUUCUUUACAAGAGAA